AUGAUCCAGGCCCUACUGCUGUCUGCAUUGGUGGCUGGAGCCCUCAGCUGUGGGCUCCCCACUUACCUGCCCCAGCUGCCCAGGGUGGUUGGGGGUCAAGAUGCAGUGCCCAACAGCUGGCCCUGGCAGGUCUCCCUGCAGUACAGCUCCAGUGGUGAGUGGCGUCACACCUGUGGAGGGUCCCUGGUGGCCAACAAUUGGGUCCUGACUGCUGCUCACUGCAUCAGCUCCUCCAGGACCUACCGUGUGGUGCUAGGCCGGCACAGCCUGUCCACGGAGGAGGCCGGCUCCGUGACCAUCAUGGUCUCCAAGCUCGUGGUGCACGAGGACUGGAACUCCAGCCAGCUCUCCAAAGGGAAUGAUAUUGCUCUGCUCAAACUGGCCAGCCCUGUCUCUCUGAAUGACAAAGUCCAGCUGGCCUGUCUCCCGCCUGCCGGCAGCAUUCUACCAAACAAUUAUGCCUGUUACGUCACCGGCUGGGGAAGGCUUCAGACCAAUGGGGCGCUUCCUGACAUCCUGCAGCAGGGCCGUUUGUUGGUUGUGGACUAUGCCACCUGCUCCAGCUCUGGUUGGUGGGGCAGUACAGUGAAGACCAAUAUGGUCUGUGCUGGUGGUGACGGUGUGAUCUCCAGCUGCAACGGAGACUCCGGGGGACCACUGAACUGCAGAGCAGCCAAUGGUCAGUGGGAAGUGCACGGCGUGGUCAGCUUCGGGUCCUCCCUCGGCUGCAACUACUACCACAAGCCCUCUGUCUUCACUCGGGUCUCCAAUUACAUCGACUGGAUCAACUCGGUGAUUGCCAAUAAUUAA